ACGGUACUCGCUAGGCUACCGCCUGCCUGUACUACGUCAACCCGAGCUGCAAAGUUCCAAGCCGCUCUUUUUCUGGUGUCCAGGAACUGAAUAUCAAACUGGUGAUCGUGGAGUUAUUGGCUCGCUGUAUUUGUCAUUUUCUUUUCUCUGUUUUCAGUCUUUAUUUUAAAAGAUCCAGGAGAAGCAGAAGCGAGCCCGGAGUUUGAGGUGUUCGGCAGUGGUGGGGUGAGUCAGCGGGUGCUAAGGACUGGGUCUUGGUCUUUGAAGACUGUCCCCAGUCCUCCUGCAGAGAAACAGCCGGCGGCUGCAAGGACUGAAGAUCCGCUUCUCCUGGCUCCAGGACCUCCGCAGCCGCGCAGCAGCUGAAUUCAGAUAAACGAAGCUCCAGGGCCACUUCAGUCUCAGCAAAUAUUUCAGACCCAUUUCACCUAGCCAGAACUUCUAGAAGCUGGAGCUAGCGGUAUCCCACAGAUGAGCGGCCAAGUUUGAGAGUAACUGCCGGUCAGCUGCAGCGCCCGGAUGCCCAGCGUCCCUGCUUUGAGCUUCGAAGGCUGAGCCACGCUAAGCCACCUUUUCAGCAAAGACUAGUCACAGACUUGUGAAUUUCUAAUUGUGUGGAUGCACAGGAUGGAUCAGACUGCACAGAAAGGCGGGUUUUUGUAAUUUCUGGUUGCUUUCGCAGCAUGUCCUUUUAAACCUUGGGAAGGUGUCCCCAGAAGCCCAAAACGCCCCUGGCCAUGUCACAUUUAAUGCUCGGUGCCUUAACGCGGCCCUCUGAGGGUUCCCAGGGCUGCCCGGGGUGGUUCGCAACAGGUGUGUUCUCUCCCUCCCCCAGCCCAACUCAACCGGCAGGAUUCCCCCAAGCUGAGUUUUUUUGACUUGGCUUCCUCACGCCUGCUUCCGCCCCCCACCAGAGGGUGGCCGUCCAAAGCCGGACCUCGCCCCUCCCUGGGACCAUGGUACUUCUCUCUGAAAAUGCUUCCGAAGGCUCCAACUGCACCCACCCGCCAGCACCGGUGAACAUUUCUAAGGCCAUUCUGCUUGGGGUGAUCUUGGGGGGCCUCAUCAUUUUCGGGGUCCUGGGGAACAUUUUAGUAAUCCUCUCGGUGGCUUGCCAUCGGCAUCUGCACUCGGUGACUCACUACUACAUUGUCAACCUGGCUGUGGCAGACCUCCUCCUCACCUCCACCGUACUGCCCUUCUCUGCCAUCUUUGAGAUCCUGGGCUACUGGGCCUUUGGCAGGGUGUUCUGCAACAUCUGGGCGGCGGUGGACGUCUUAUGCUGCACAGCGUCCAUCAUGGGCCUUUGCAUCAUCUCCAUCGACCGGUACAUUGGUGUGAGCUACCCGCUGCGCUACCCCACCAUUGUCACCCAGAGGAGGGGCGUCAGGGCUCUGCUCUGCAUCUGGGCGCUUUCCUUGGUCAUCUCCAUCGGUCCCCUGUUCGGAUGGAGGCAGCCGGCUCCAGAGGAUGAGACCAUCUGCCAAAUCAAUGAGGAGCCAGGCUACGUGCUGUUCUCAGCGCUGGGCUCUUUCUACGUGCCACUGACCAUCAUCCUGGUUAUGUACUGUCGAGUCUACGUAGUAGCCAAGAGGGAAAGCCGGGGCCUCAAGUCAGGCCUCAAGACCGACAAGUCAGACUCGGAGCAAGUGACGCUCCGUAUCCACCGUAAAAAUGUCCCGGCAGAAGGCGGCGGAGUAAGCAGUGCCAAGAAUAAGACUCACUUCUCUGUGAGGCUGCUCAAGUUUUCCCGAGAGAAGAAAGCCGCCAAGACGCUGGGCAUCGUGGUAGGUUGUUUCGUCCUCUGCUGGCUGCCGUUCUUCCUUGUGAUGCCCAUUGGGUCCUUCUUCCCGGAUUUCAAGCCUCCGGAAACCGUUUUCAAAAUAGUUUUUUGGCUCGGGUACCUAAAUAGUUGCAUCAACCCUAUCAUAUACCCAUGUUCCAGCCAGGAGUUCAAGAAAGCUUUUCAGAAUGUCCUGCGAAUCCAGUGUCUUCGCAGAAGGCAGUCUUCCAAGCAUGCCCUGGGCUACACCCUGCACCCGCCGAGCCAGGCUCUUGAGGGACAGCACAGAGACAUGGUGCGUAUCCCGGUGGGCUCGGGAGAGACUUUCUAUAAGAUCUCCAAGACAGAUGGAGUCUGUGAAUGGAAGUUUUUCUCUUCCAUGCCCCAGGGAUCGGCCAGGAUUACCGUGCCGAAGGACCAAUCCGCCUGUACCACAGCCCGGGUGAGAAGUAAAAGCUUUUUGCAGGUCUGCUGCUGUGUGGGGUCGUCGACCCCACGCCCUGAAGAAAAUCACCAAGUUCCAACCAUUAAGAUCCACACCAUCUCCCUCGGUGAAAACGGGGAGGAAGUCUAGAGGAUGGGAAAGGUCACAGGAAAAGGGGUGACACUAGGUACUGCUGAUAUUCCCACUCGGAAGGCCAGGGCCGUUCAACAAGGGGACCAUCUGGAGAAGGGGAAAGGGGUCUAUCGCCAGGUUAUCAGGCGAGCGGGUAGGGCACAGGGGAAGAGGCAGGAUGUAGGGUUAACUAACUGCUUCUAAAUGAUGGGAGGCCCGUUUCCCUUCAGCUCAAACCCACAGUCGUUCUCUGAUUCUGCUUUCCACUACUGACCCUUUCAACAAGAAAUACCAUGGGAAAGAAAAUCUCAUACACAAUCCAGAAGACUAUAAAUACAGGAUGAUGAUUUCAUUGUGAAUAUUUUGAGCACACACUCUAAGUUUGGAGCUAUUUCUUGAUGGAGGGGAUGGGAUUUUAUUUUCAGGCUGAACCUACUGGCGACUACAUUUGACAUUUAUGGAGAGGGGAUCUAGACAGAAAGGAGUGUAAAGUAAUGGCCAACGUGCUUUUAGAGCAAGUUGGGCCACCGUAUUCUCAGCUUGGGUGAACCUGGGCAGGGGCUUCCCAGUGGUUGUUCUCUGAUUGGUUCCAUAUCCCCAUUUGAAAGUGGGGUGCAUCUUCCACUCUUGGAUCUGAGGAGUGUGAUCAGAUCUAACCAAGGACAGCAUGCUUUUAUCAAGAGAAUAAGGUGUGCCUGGGACAGCCGUUCCCAGAUCUGAUGAAGGAAGGCUCCUUCUUUUAUUUCCUUAAGGAGCAAGAGGCUGGAACAGGAUGGGUACUAACACCAGGUUAAUGCCCUGCUUAUUCUGCACCCUCUUUGAUGUGACAAGCUACUCACCUUUUCUAGAACUCCAUAAUGGAAACCCAGGCGUGGCAUUCCCUUUCCUUCCACUCCUUUCACCACUGUGUAGUGAAUGGAGUUAAUUUGUAGCGUGAGGAAUGAGUCUUAGGGUCCAGGUGCAUCCUCACCUGAGCUUCCAAACAUAUUGAUGCCUACCCUCAAACACUUUAAUUCAUUGCCAAACAAUUACCCAAAUUGAUUCCUACUUUUUGCAAAACCUGAGAUGGUCUAUUUAUCUUAUUUUAUUUUAUUUUUGUUUUAAUGUAUACCAAAUUCUUGCAUUCUUAGUAAUCCAGAUUAUUGCAAGUGGUGCCUAUUGUAAUCACAUGUAAAAACUAAAAUAUGCUUGCCAUUCUACCAUAAAAAUUGUAAAAAAAAAAAAAAAAAAGGUUUAUGUCUGUGGCGCCAGCCCAAACAAGAAUCACAACUACCAAUACUUUUUAUAGCUUCUUCCCCUGCUCACCUAAUUUCUCCUAAGAGCUUCAGAGCAGCUUGCAGCUACCAUGAAAUCUUCACAGUGAGGCUCCUGGCCUUCCCACCUUUCCUUUCCUCCAUUCCAUCAGACGGAACUCUUUUCUAUCAGCCUUUCUAAGGGCAAAUCUCUACCACUUUGCUGUGGAGGCUUUGUAUGCACUGGCUCUGGGUAUUGUGGUUGGUUGUCUUGGAGCUUUGAGUAUGACCUGCUUCCUCUACCUUCUCCUGGAUCCUGUCUUCUCAUUGGCCAUCAAGGUCAUUACUCAGCCUUGUGUUCUGAACUUGGAUUCUGCCACUGAGAAGUUGGCUGGGAUCCUGGGCUCUUGGGUUCUCUGCAAAGCUCUUCACAGCUCUAACAGAUGUGGGUGUGUUGACAUCUGGAGAGAACUCCAGAAUGCAAACCUGGCUCACUGUUCAGAAUAUCAUCCUUCUAAAUCUGAAUUCUAAAACCCAUCCUCUGCCAUGCUUUCCCCUCAUAGAAGGGCAUCUUUACAAGAAGAGGGAGCUUAGCUUUUCUUCAGCAGGGUACCAUUCCAUGUUACUGAUCAUCUUUAAGUCCCUUGAUAAUAAAAUGUAAAUGUUAAAAGUGAGAGAGCUUAUUAGGCACACUAAGAAGCCAUCAUUAGUGUCAUUUCUAAUCCAAAAAAAAAAAAAACCUAGAAAAUGAGUCGUCAGAUAAAACCUUGACAACCAUACCUUGUAAAGUUCCCCAUAAACAAUUGCCUUACACUCUGCUGGCAUCUCUCCCUCUAAGGAGGCAAGUAUCUAACAGCUUUUUCCACUCCCCAGCAGGACACUAGAUAGAAACACCAACUUUAUAAAAAUUGAUAAUGUCACCAAAACAUAGUGUCAAACAUAGGGUAAACGACUUAAAAGUGGACUUGCAUUUUAAUCAUCCACCAGAAAUGUCUGUACCAUUGAGUGUGCCAAAAACCGAAGUAGUUGCAGCCAAACAAAUGAUUGUCAUAUUUAUAUUCACAUGUUUACUGCUUCUAUUUGGAGUUGGAGGAAUUUACCCAGAGUAACCUCAGUUAAAAUGCCCUCUUCUGUGUGUUCUACAAAACGACUGCUUUUGGAUUGUCCCUAUGUCACAAAAUCAACCCGACAUUAUGAUAGCAAAUUUUGAGUUUCAUCUUAGAUUCAGACUGUGUAUGAAGAGAGACCUUGAAUCUCUUUGCUUGGAAGAGUUCUCCAGGGCAUCACAGAUGUCGCUCAGUUGGUGGAGGGCUUGCCUGACCUAUACUUGCCCAGCAGCACCUAAAGUCUGAGUGGUGGCUCACGGCUGUAAACUCAGCUUUCAGAAAGUGCAAACAGGGGCAGUCGAGAAUUCAAGAUCAACCUUGAAUACUUCGUAAGUCUGAGCCAGCCUAGACUACUCAAGACUCUGUCUCAGAAAAAUAAAUAAAUAGAUAGAUAGAUAAAUAAAUAAAUAAAUGCAGGCUAUCCAUUGUGAGCAGAGCGCUCUCCUUUUCAUGGCCUCAUCUAUGACGGCUUCUGCAUGACAUCCCUCUGUAUCUGACACACUUCCCAGAGCACCAAGGCUUCUGACUCUCCUGGACUGCCAGUCACAGUUUCUAUGACCACUCAGGAAGAAUGCCUCUUCAAAAACAAUAUACAAACAAAUGCAACAUUUGUUCUCACUCCCCUACAUUCCAACUUCUAGUUUACAACUUAGCAGGAACGGAAGAGGCUGGAGGCAUCCCACGAGGGAUUGCAGGGCAUGUACUGGGCACAUAAUUUUUACAGAUGCCACUCGGAGAGGAAGGUUCCGAAUGCUGGUCCCCAGGGAGCCAGAGACUGGCCAUCGGGAGGCAGCUGUGCACCUUAGCUUACUUCCUUAUCUAGAUGAACCACCAGGAAGACCUAGACCUGCAGGUUUGCGGGUGAAAGCCCAGGAAUGGAAACUAUUUUAAGAACUAUUUUCUUGAGCAGGUAAUUGUUCAUGUGUUAAUCACCACUCCGUAAUCACCGCUAACAAACAUUCCUAAUUGCUUCUGGGGAGAGCUCUGUCCCCAACCUCUUGCCAAAAUACGAUGCUGCCUCUUCAAUGAAUGCCUGCUGGCUUAAUUAGGGAAGAGACUGGCUCAUCAGCAAAGGGAAAUGUGAACAGGUGGAUAUUCAAGCAAGCAGAUGAAAGGGAAGCGAAAACCAGGGAGACAAGAGAAGACAGGGGUAGCAGAUGCGAAGGCAUGAGAUAUACUCACUAUCACUAUGGUCUCUUUUCUACACUACCAGGGCUUUUAUCCAUGAAACCACCCGUGCAACAAACAGAGUCCAGUUGGAACACCUCACCUGCUCUGGGCCUCCAAACUAAUGCUGAGGAGCUGGGCUGAGGCCACGUCUUCCAAAAGCCAUGGCAACAGUGGCCUCUGGCCCUCCAAGGUCCCUGCAGGAUGAUGGAGUGGACAUGACUGUUGGGGACCUGGGCUGGGAAGCAAGCUAGGAUUUCAGCCUACAAUGCUGGCCCCAGGCAAAGGUGCCAUUGGCAGGAUCCCUUUCGUGUUUCCCAGACCCUAUGGCAUCUGAGUGAGCUGAGAAAGAGGCUUACCUGCUCCCUGCAGGCGAAUGUCAUGGUUUAAACCACCACUGUCAAACCCACAAAGGUGGUAGGAGUGGCAGGGAACAUUGAAGGGGAAGAUUGACCAGAGCUGUGGCUCAAAGCUUUCCCUCGAAGGAUAAGCAAGGCACUGCCCUGGAACUGGAGGUUUACUCAUUUCAAAGGGGGAAAUAAUGGCCUUUUCUUUCCUGUGGCCUCGGAGUUCUUGCCACGCUGUCCCUGGAGCACACUCAGAGCCAUCUAUCUCACUGUAAGCUGGAGGUGAUGAUUUGUUAAGCCAUGAAAAUACAGACUUAAGUGAAGAAAAAAAAAAGUCUUAGCACAACUUAACACGACAUUUAGAGAAAAGAAUAUGAUGAUCAUUCUGAUCUAUGAAACAGGCUGAGUAAAAUAGGUGUAUGUGAAAGUCAUAGGGAAUUAAGAUACAAAUUCCAAUCUGAAUUUAAUUUAAUGUGUGUCACCACAUACUUAUCAAGUCUUUCUUGGCUCAUUCCUGUGUGGGAGAAGGAAAAGGAAGGAGGGUUUUUUUCCUGCUUUUGGUAUGUGAAGAAAUAGAAGUUAUGAGUCAAAGACUUCCUUGAACACACUCAUAUUUAAUGUGUAUCAGUGAUGCUUCCAUGUCCCCCCUGUAUUUUGACUCACUGACUUUCAUAGUGAACUUCUUCAGUUCCAGCUUGUAACUCCAGCUCUGUCUGGACCUUCUCCCCUCUUGUUCUGGCCAACAACUGGGAAGAACUUGUAGUCCAUGGACACCCGUUCUGGUUUUCUUGGCUAACAGACAGACACGUGCCAUUUUGUUCUUUCUCCAUAGAUGAGCUGUUACAAAGCCACGGAAUAGUCAGGGUAAUCUUGCUUUGCUCAAUAGGGUGACAUGUAAGGACAAAGCCAGCUGUGACUGUCACCCUAAAGUCCUUAGGAAUCAAAGGCCCCAAAGGGAACCUGUGGGCCAUUGGGUACAUUCUGACCGGCAGCCCCGGGAGGCCCCUGUUUACUGCACCACCCUGGUAUGAAACCAAAGAUAGGUGACGACAGUCCCCAAUGUAUGAGCUGGCAGGGUUCUGAAUUCAUCUGUUCAGAAGUCAAGAAUGUGUUUUUCCAAGAGACAUUGUUACAAAUGGGGGUGGGGAUUGUUCCUAAGGAAGCCAAAAGCAAAUAAAUAAAUACCUGUUUUAUAUAUACCAGGAGUUGGCCAAAUGUUUCUGUAAAUGGCUGAUGGGAAACAUUUUAGACAUGAUGAACUGUAUGGUCUCUGUUUUGGCUCUUUGGCAAGAGGCCAUGGACAAUCCUUUAAAAACAUAGACCUACAUUAGUAGCUCAAAAGACAGGGAGGUAUGUUCCAGGUUUAUCCCAUAGGCCACAAUUUUUCAUCGCUGAUCCAACCACCAUCAUUUUGUGUUAUAGAGCCAAUACUACUGAACUACGGCUGUAGGUGAACAGCAUGCUUUUAGCAGUAGGUCACUAGCGUAUCCACUGGACUAAAUAGAUGUUCCCAACCUGCAUGAGCUGUUACAGAAAGCAGCAAGCAUUUAUGAUUGCCCAGCAGGUAGGAGUGGCAGAGGGAAGCACUUGCCACUUCCCCAUUGAGUCCUGUGGCAUAGGCAGGCCAACAGAAGGCAACCGUGAGACCAGGAAUCAUCCAAGUUUAGUAGGUAAUUUCCCCCAUGACAUCAAUCUGAAACUAACCCUAACCCCAACACUAACCCCUAAACUUAGCUCUGAUCCAAACCCAGACCCCACCCUGGCCCUAACCUCAACCCUAACCCUAACCCUGACCCUGACCAUGACACUGACCCCGACCCCAACCCCAAUCCCAACCCCAACCCCAACCCUAACCCCAACCCCAACCCCAACCCUAACCUAACCCUACCCCUGAGCUGCUGCUUUGAAUGGUUUCUGAAGAACUUCUGCUCAACCUCUCAUGUUUGGGACAUCUUUCCCAUGCUCUCUAAGUCAGCUUUGAUUCUCCAUCAUCUUGUGUCUCUUCCUUUUGUUUCUUUCUUAUAAACUUUCCCUCUUAAGAGUUCCUUAAAACCUUUCAAGGCCUUGAUGAGCCCAUCAAUUAAACUCAGUUCCCCCUGUACCUUGAGCGAUGACUAAUCCAUCAGAAGGCAUAUCCCCGGCUAAUGAUCCACAGGGCUGUUGUUUUCUCCAACACUCCGUUCCUUGUUCCUCCCAACACACAUCAUCCUGUGUGCCCCUGGAACUGGAGAUUGCCAUUUUCCUGGUCCCUGACCUUGAACUUGAUGGAAAACUUCUGCUCUGAAGAAUCUUCAUGGGUGCUCCAGUUUUUGCCGGAAGCUUCAGCCUUUAUAUCCCCAUGUUCAUUUAUCGGGUGCAUUUUUACCCAAUUCUGCAGGCUUGCCCAGCUUCAACAACACUCACUGGUUUCCUUACUGUCCUGGAUGCUAGGAGUCCAAACUCAAGGCGUUGGGCGGUUGUUUCUUCUUCACUGCACCUUGACUUCCCCCUGAAUUUUCAUGUGGUCUUUCCUCUAUGUGUACACAAGUCCCUGUGAGAAUGUCUACUUCUUACAAGGACACUGGUCACAUUGCAUUAGGAUCUGUCCCCCAUGACCUCACUGCACCUUAAUAAGCUCUUUAAAGACUAUCUUCAAAUACAGUCACAUUAUGAGGAGACAUGAGAUCACAUUGAAGUGGGAACUUAGGAGACAUCCAGUUCAAUUCACAAGAUCCCAUACACUCUCUCUUUUGUUCUCACGCCAAAAAAAAAAAAAAAAAAUUAAAUCCAUAAUCCUUUACCAGGAUAGGAAGUUCAGAUUCAGCCCUUUAUGUUUAUCCUCCACCGCGGCAAGUUUUAUGCUAAUUGUCUGCAAAAUGUAUUUAGCAAGUAAUUAUGCAUUUGCUUGUAUUUGUCUCAAUGCAUCUUAAAACUCUUAAUACUCAAGAGUAUUUUGAGAGGUAACUCAUAAACACUGAUCUUAUGUGGGCUCUGACAGAAGCUCUGUCGGACAGGGACAGUCACUCAGUAUACCCACAGGAACACUCCACCCCUGAGAAAGGAGAGCUCCUUCACCCCCAGCCAGGCAGGAGGAAGAGGAGAAGUGACUGGGAGAACAAAUCAAUGAGAACUUGGAAGGGCCAGGGUAAUGGUUAGAGACCUGGAGUUUCUAGAAAUUUAAUAGUGUUGUGUACUAGCUGUGGGGGAAUCUCAAGCUGGCACAGGGUUCUAGGUCAGGUGCGCAUUUGAUCUCCAUGAAAAAAUGUCAGCACCCAAGAAAGCAGAACCCCAGCACCCAGUGGGGCAGACCAUUGACUACACAGUUGGAGUGAGGCAGAAGGUAGAGUUAAAGACCAAUGGCAGCCUCAGUCCUGAGAACGAGGUCAGUAGAGCUCCUUGGAAACCAUGCGAUUACCCCAGGUCCCACCUAUCAAAAUAACCAGACCGAAGGUCAUAACGGCCACUCCUGGUGAAAGGCAUUUCACUUAAGAUCCUGAGGACCCCUUCCCUUCAUUAUUUCCCACACCUCCCAGGACCACAGUGAUGUGCUUUGCCCUUCCUCAGGGCCAUUGAGCACCUUGCCUUGUGUACAUCCCUUCUCAUGAAAUUCGACUUCUGAUUCAUCAUCCACCCCAGCCCUUGUGGUAGAGAGAUUUACUGUCCCCACAGUCUCACUGGGAUAAGCAUAGAGUGAUGACUUCUCCUCUGCCCUGCUUCCUGUCAAGAAGGGACGAUCAUCUAGGCACAGCACGGUGUCCUCCACUCUGCUUUCCUUACACUGAGCCGCGCUUUGGUUCCCUGCCCUCGCCCCUACCCCAGAGCCUCUCAAGCAGGAAAUGUCCCUGGGCUCACUAUCUCCAUCAUAGUGCAAUGCCUUGUCUAGAGGGUCAUGACGUAUUUAGCAUUCGUCCAAUCUAGAACUGAGGAAAAGGAAAUUUAUUGUGGAAUCAAAACCUACAGAAGCAUUCAGAGCCAGAAGCCACCCCAAAACAGGUCUGGACGUGUGGGUCUCUGUCUUGAUGGAUCCACUAAAAGUGUCUGGGUUGUUGUUGUUGUUGUUGUCGUUUUCUCCUCUCUGAUAAAAAUCUGAGUAUGGGAUAAUGACUUCUCACCAUGCAGUGUCUCCCCUUCCUCGUCCCUGUGUCAUACCAGAAGUGACAGUGGUUGUAAAAAGCAGAGGCAUGAGGCACAUUAACAAACAGUAGGCCCAUGGGCCCAAAAUCCAGCUGACAAAAUAGGAAGGUUAUUAAAAAAAUGUCCUGCAAGUAAGUACCUUAGAUACUUAGUGAACAUUUAUUGUCAGUUUUCUACAAACUUGUUUUUGUUUUUGUUUUUGUUUUUUUUUGAGAGUGAAACUCUUACUGGGGAGUAAUUGAAUUAGAAGGUAAAGCCCUUGCUUGCUCUCACCUCCAUCCCUGGCUGCCAGCCUGGCUCCUGCCUUCCUAGGCUGGCUACUGCACCCACCCUUCAUCCCUAACUACUGAGAGCAGGUGGUCUGCUAGAACCAUGCUGUCUCAGCCUCGAAAGCCCACAUCAAAAUGCAUGCUUUCCUCACCAGAUGUAAAGGAAGAGAAAUUGUGUUCUCUGGAUCUGAUAAACUACCAACAGCAUCCUCUCAGUUACAACCUUAGUGAACUUAUCCCAAGCUUGCAGACACCAAGAUCAUCUCACUCCUUCCUGUGACUUGGAUGGUGCAGAAGCAGGGCCUAAGUCAUAAAAAGUAGAUUGUUAGGUCUGUGAAGAUAAACCAACUGGUGAAGUGUUUGCCUUGCAACACUUCAAUCCCCAGAAAUCAUGAAAUCCCCAGAAGCCAUGAAAGAAAAAAAAAAGGGAAAACUGACAGGAAAGAAGGAAAAAAUAAAGGAAAUGAGGGAAUCACAGCUCCCAGCAUCAGGGAGCAGACAGGUGGAUCCCUAGAGCUCGCGGGCUGGCAGGCCUUGUCGAAUCACUGAGUUCCCUGUAAGUGUGAGAAAUUGUACCUAAAAGACAAGGUAGACAGCUCUUGAGAGACAUUUCCUGAGGUUGUUCUCUUGCCUGCACACAUACACAGGUAUAGCUACAUUUCUAGAACACAAGCUCCAAGGUAAGCCCUUUAACACACUUUGCAAUGAUGUCAUACUAAGGGACGAGAUUUUAUAGUCACAUUGUAAAUGAAAGAUUUUUCACAGAGAGCUGGCAUGAAGAUUUGGGCAUCUGAAGAGGGGGCAAGGUCUGCAGGGAGUUUGAGACAGGAGCCUGGGGCUUGACCCAUCUAUUGCUCUGAAACCCUCUCGUGUGGACCUGAACUAGACUCAGCAUGCUGAACCCUGACCUACUCAGCUCCACCCAGACCCUAGCACAGGAGGAAAGCCAAACUGAUAUCAAGAGCUAUAGUCAAGGCCAUCAGUCCUGGGCUUUAGUGUGCCUCCUGUCUCACGGUGACCCUGAUUGAGCAAGCUGCCUCUCUGGCCCCAUGUCUUCAUCUGGGAAAAGGGACAGAGGGUGUGGUGGCAGGUGUGAUGUGAAUUCAGGAAGACACCUCAUGAGAUGAUAAACCAACCCACUCAUAGUGGGCCUCUACAACAAACUGGGACACUCCCCGUUUGUAUCAUUUCCCCUCCCAGCUCUUCCCUACGUGGAAUGAGUGCUAAUAAGGACCGGCAAAGCCUGAACAUACCACAUACAAACAACUGAGAGAGUAAGUUUUUCCUUUACCCUUUAUCCAUCCUCGGGCUUAUCUGUGGUAUCACCAGCAUCCACAGAUGACUUCUGUAUGAUUAGAAAGAAAGUCAGAAACAAGCCAUGCCAUUCCGGGCACUACACUCUGAAACUAAGAUGCAGGCUUGGUUCUCUGUGCUCUUCCCCCACUGUGCUAUUUUCUUUGGAUUAGAGAUGCCUUUACCUGGAAAUUCCACUUUAAUAUUUUUUAAGUCAAACUCCCUAACCUGCUUUGAAGGCUUCUACCAGGCUGGGACUGUCUAGGCAGGGGGUGCUUUUGCUUUGCCCAGCUACCAACAGAGUGUACUGGGAGGUGCUUUAUAUUGUCGCAGCGGUCCUGUGAAAGUCACUACAUGCAUGGUGCACACGUGCUUAUAGGACUGAUACCACAAGAAAGAAAAGGCAUUCUGACUGCAGGACAAGGGACAGGAUUCGACACAGAGCUUCAGUUUAAAUUUGUCUAAGGAAUGAGGGCUAAGCAACGCCUGGCAACUGUCAGAAGUAAAUGUUUACAAGACAAACCAGCCAUUCCCAAUUACUAGAAGGGGCAGUUGGAGUUGGCGUGGAAUUGAGUGCCUGUCAUGUGAGCUUUAGAUCCCAUGUUCUCCUCAGAUAUUGCCAUGGGCCCUUCAAAGGAGCUCUGGGAACUUCUGGACAGGUGACUUAAUGGGAAGGUCCACACCACAAAGCAUGGCUGAGCUGGACUGGCACAUUUGAGAGGCUGUCUCUGGCAGAGGUUGGCCACCCUCUCUCUGCCAACAGUCUCUCACGACUCCCAAUCUCAAAUUUGCUCUAAGCAGAAGGGGAAAGUCAGCUUCUAAGCUGAGGUUCUUGGCUCCACUCUGCUUCAGAUAAACACAGCCCAUGGCUAUUUCAGGGCUGGAUUUUAGGGAGCAGCUGUGAGGCUAUGGAAAGAGCCAAGGGAAGAGCCUUGACCCAAGUGAUUGUUUCUCUGAGUGCUGGGAGAGAGGAAGCUGGAGCACGACCCCUCGGAGGGUCAGGAGGACAUCACGAGACUGUCCCACUGACGGGGGACAUGUGUCUCAAUACCAGGAACCCUCUUUGCCAACUUCUGACUCUCUAAAAAUGGAUGUUUUGGGUUUGGAGUAAAAAUUACCACUCUGUGAAAAGAGAGCAUUUUAUUGCAUGGAUGGUGGUCUAAAAGCAGAAUAUAGGGGCCAGCAAGACAGCUAAACACUUGCCACCAAGCCUGAAGAUCUGAGUUCAGUCCCUGGGAUCCACAUGGUGGCAGGAGAGAACCAACUACUGCAGUUGUUCUCUGACCUCCAUACAUGUGCUGCACCACACAUGUAAAAUAAAUAAAUAAAUGUAAAACAAAGAAAGCUCAUUUAAAAAAAAAAUCACAGAAGGGUUCCCUAAAGGUCCACCUACCCUGCUUUUUAUUGAAACAUAUGCCUAUUACAGAAGCCAUAUACCUAUCUGUGACUGAUAUCUAAUCUCCCCAAAUUAUCUUCUGUCCUUCUGGGAUCACCCCAGGAGAUGCUGAGUCCUGCCUGACAUGUGGACGUGUCCCUUGUCUAAGCAUCAUCUCACAGGGACACAAAUCUCAGUCAUGUCAUGGCCUUCAACACUGAGACAAAAGCAGUUCAACAUCUAUAAGGCAAGCUUAGAUAAUUUCCCCCAGUGGAUUCUUACAAGUUAAACACCCAAGGCAGAAGGUGUGGCUCAGUGGUCUGGCAUGAAUAUGGUCUAGAGUUGAUCCCCAGCACCACACAUACAAAACAGCUAAACACUGAAGUCCCUUUAGUGUCCCUCAAACCCUAGCCUAUCCAUAGAAGUAGAGGGAAGCCAGCACACAAAACGGAUCCCCACCUUCUUCCUGAGGAAGUUCCCACUGCAUCCAGCUGUGGGCGCCAUCACUGAUCUGGGAUGUGGUAUGGGCUGUCUAGGACUCGAGGGAUGGAGAACCACAGUGACAGAGACAGUCUUCACUUUCAGAACAUCCAUGGUCCAUGAAGGGGAGGAGUAGCAGAUCAGCAAAUCUGUGAGCCGAAUAGUUCUGUAGGAUCCUGUGUGGGAGUUUGGAGGGAAGUGCCCAUGAACCACAAAAUCAGGCUUCUCAAAAAUAUUAACCUUUUUGGAUCCUGAGGGAAAAAGACAAUAGGUAAUGAAGGAAGUUGUUUCCAGAAAGGAAGGAAGGAGCACACCAUGCAAAGGGCCUGUGGCUAACCCAUCUCAAAUAUGGGCAGGGGUUGUCCCUCCAUUAGUGUGCCAGGCAAUUAACUAUGGCAGCCCCUUGACUCAGCAAACCUCACCCCCCCAAGUUCUGUAGGCCAACCACUCCUAUUUUCCUUCUCUCUCUCUCUCUCUCCCUCUCUCUCUCUCUGUCUAUUUAUCUAUCUAUCUCUAUCUAUCUCUAUCUCUAUCUCUUUCUCUCUCUCUUUUAAGACAAUGGAAAUCUUACUGGACAAACCAGUACACAGCAAAUGUAGGGGCACUUUACCAGUAAGACCACCAGGUUUGCCCUGGAUGAAAAUUGAAAAGCAUUGGUUAUCUAGUAGCCUUCAUUUGUUCUCAAAGCUUUCUACAACAUUAUACUGGGAUGACUGUACAGAAGAAAAAAGUCUAAUUUCUUUCUUAUCGUACAUUUCCUCAAACAUGAGGUGUUUAAUCCAAAAGAAUAGCCAAAGGCUUGAGAAGGCUUAGUAGGGAAAUUGUAGGAAAGGCAAUUCUGUGCCAUUAAAAGUAGAGAAACUAUUACAGCAAGGAAACAUUGUACAAUAUAUUUAGGGGGGAAAAGGGAGCUUUAU